UAUUGCCUUCCUUGAGGAAUACCUAAGAUGAGGUCCGAUUCUUGAGGCUUUCAUAUUUUCUUCACAGGGCGCACCUGGAACAGACUUUUCUUUACUUGAACUUAAAAAAUAUUUUUCAGAAGUUCUGAUUUUAAUUCUGAUAUUUUUUUAAAUUUUCGAAUGGGCAAUACAAUAGACAUCAACAAAGAAAAAGUCCAUUUAAAAUCGUUUACCUGCAGCAAAGCUUCCCUUCAUUUUCCUCAUUCUUCCCCCUCCAAACAACCCUCACCCUCCAAACAACCUUCACCCUCUUCUACUACCAAAACAACAGCACCCAACAAAAAAUCGUUGUCUUCCAACUCGAAGAAAGAAUUUUCUCAACCUUCCUCCCCUUCCUCCUCCAAAAAUCAAAAUUCUAAAAAUCCCCAAAAUUCCCCAAAAAUUCCCAAUAACCCUUCAAAACCCCCUCAACGUCGCCGCUCUGCUGUAGAAUUACUCCAAACUUUAUGGAAACAACGACAGAGGAGGGAACACAGAUCAGUUUCUAGUUGUUCUCUCUUACAGAUUGAAAGCCCCCCAAAUGUGGUUAGUCCAGAUUCUGUUGUGGCUUUGGAAGCGAGUUUGAAGGAACCUGAAACUUUUGAUGCUCUAAUGAGAUGGGGAUUGCUCAAAGUUGGUGUUAAAUAUGGGGAGCUCUGAUUUAUCACAGUCACAUAGACACG